UUUCCUGAAACAAUUGCGCCUUGCUGUCAAUGGCUACCUUAAAUUGAUCAGCCUGACUCUCAAUAGUAGGUUUACUGUUUAGUAGGUCUACCAAAAUAGAGGUUUGGACAUGUCUGUCGGUUCAUAAAUAAUGCACUGUUUCCCAUAGAUGCGAAUGAUGUAAUGGUAUAAGUCUGCUGCUGAUUUGGCGAACGUCUCUGACUUGCCGCCCAGUUCCAUGUGCUCAGUCGCCGGUUGCCAAACGAUGAGAGGAUAAUCCUGUUUUGGGGAAGAACCAGAAGAGAGAACAUGGCGGUCCAGACCAACUUGGUCCCUCCCAAAAAGGCCCAGCCCGGCAUGGUGAAAUCCAGUUUGGUCCAGGCCAGCGUGGCCACCAUGCAGAACCCAAUGAGCGUUGACCCAAAGGCCAAUGGUCACUGUCCACUGCCGCGCCUGUCUAUCUCUUCCCGCUCUGCCAGUGUGGUGGCCAGCAUGGACGCCAGCUGUGACGGCACCUAUCUCCACUCAGUGAUGAAGUGGAAGACGGUGCUGGCGGUGUUCGUUGUGGUCGUUCUCUACCUGGUCUGUGGAGGUCUGGCAUUCCAGGCACUGGAGCAGCCAUUCGAGAGCAACCAGAAGACCAGUAUCACUCUAGAGAAGGCCUCGUUUCUGGAGAGACAUCCCUGCGUUACCCCUGAUGAGCUGGAGGUUCUCAUCAAGCAUGCCAUAGAUGCAGUGAGUGCAGGAGUGAGUCCUGUAGGAGUCACAUCCUACAACUCCAGCUACUGGGACCUCGGCAGUGCCUUCUUCUUCGCGGGAACUGUCAUUACAACCAUUGGUUAUGGAAACAUAGCUCCAAGCACGGUAGGCGGGAAAAUCUUUUGCAUCCUUUAUGCCAUAUUUGGCAUCCCUCUCUUUGGCUUCUUGUUGGCGGGCAUUGGAGACCAGCUGGGAACCAUCUUUGUGAAAAGCAUCUUGAAAGUUGAGAAGAUAUUCAGGCAAAAACACAGACAGAUCAGCCAGACUAAGAUCAGAGUGACAUCCACCAUCCUGUUCAUCCUGGCUGGAUGCAUUGUUUUUGUCACCAUUCCUGCCAUCAUCUUCAAACACAUUGAGGGCUGGACCACACUGGAGUCCAUCUACUUUGUUGUGAUCACACUUACCACAGUGGGAAUAGGAGACUAUGUGGCAGGUGGAAACCGUAGGAUUGAGUAUAUGAAGUGGUACAAGCCUCUGGUGUGGUUUUGGAUCUUGGUGGGUUUGGCCUACUUUGCUGCAGUCCUGAGCAUGAUUGGAGACUGGCUUCGAGUCCUGUCCAAAAAGACCAAAGAGGAGGUUGGGGAGAUUAAAGCUCAUGCAGCUGAAUGGAAGGCAAAUGUGCGAGCAGAGUUCCGUGAAACACGACGACGCCUGAGUGUUGAGAUCCAUGACAAGCUCCAACGAGCCGCCACCAUCCGCAGCAUGGAGCGCCGUCAGCUCGGCUUGGAGCAGCGAGCGCACUCCUUGGACAUGCUGUCUCCAGAGAAGCGGGCUUUGUUUGCCAGCCUGGAUGCUGGCCGUUUCAAGACUUCUUCCCAGGAGAGCAUUGACACCAAGCUUAACAACCUGAGACUGAAGGGGGCCUGUGAGCCAUACGACCAUCAGGGGAUUGAGCAACAACCACAGACUGCAUCUUCUUCGGAGGAGAAUCUCUUCCACCUGCGCUUUGGAUCCCUCACCAAGCUUGCUAGACGCAACAAAAGCCGUGAGCUGCGGAGGAACAUCACUGACGAUAUGCGACGAGCGAGUGUGUGCAUAAAUAACGGCAGUGCCAUGCUUGGUGAGGAGAGGACAGAAGAAGAAGACAAUGGGGAGCCAGAUGAGGAAAUCGAGGAACGAAAAGAGGGAAACAUUAGUCUAACAAAUCUGUCUCAGUAUGCAAAGGACCGCACCAAACUAAAUGGCUUUACUUCCGAACAGGCCAAAGAUGGAGAGAAUGACUAAGUUCUGAAAGGGAGAACACUUGGAGACAUAAAGAGAAACAGAGGGAAAGAUACAGACACGGAGAUGCAGAGCAUGAGUGCAUGGUCCCUUGACAUGUCAAGAAAUGUGCCUUUCUGUUUCCCAUGUGAGGAUUGGAACUGCUCUCAGGAAAUUAAGUCAUUGUGCCAUAGCCAUGGGAAGAAAAUGUCCUGCCAAAAAAGAAUGAACUGAAGAGACAGAGGAGGUUGUAGUGAAAAUACCUCAUAUCAGAUGCUACUGUUCAAUUGACUGUAUUUAUACAGCAUCCAUUUCCCUCUUAGAUCAUGCUCUGGGUGGAAAGCUCAAUGCUGGCAAAGGUUGUAGGUCAUAUAAAUCUAAGGUAUCUGCCACUUCAUUGAUCAGCAACUUUAAAGACAGAGUACAAUAAAAUCAGAGAUGAUUAUGUUCAUAUUAUGUUUUUAAAAAAUCAUAUUUGAUAACCAAUAAUCUAGUCAGAAAACAGCUAGCAUUAGAAUUCAUCCACUUUCAAGCUAACAUUAGCAUUACCUUGGUGGCUAUAAUGUGUCUUACUACUUUGUCACAGUGUUGAACAAGUUUCUGAAAACUAAUAAUGAGUCAAAAUAAUUACUUGUUACCUUAAAAAAGUAACUUUCACUGCAGUUACUUCAUUCUAAAAUGAAUUAUGUAUUUGGGAAAUAACUUUAGCGUUAAUUAUUAUUGCUUCAAUGCUCUUGUACCCUGCCUCCCGUCUCACCAGUAUUUUGCUAAUUAGUUCUCUGAAAGCAGCAGACUCAGCAGUUGAUACAUAGAACAUGUCUAACAAGAUACCUUGUAAUAAGUCAGUCUGUUUAGUCCUUUUUAGCCAAAAGAUUGUGAAGCUGGCGAUGAUUUAAAAUCAAACCUUGGUUGUUUAGAUGGAGUGACUCCUCCUUGGUCUGCUGAGCUAAAGUUAGCUGCUCCUGGGUCACUGGUGUCUGCAGCCCUGGUUUCUCCAACAGCCAGUUCAGCUAAAGCACGUUGUUUGGUUAGGUUAGCCUCAUGAGAUUAGAAUACUAGUCUUAUCGGUGGACAAAGUUUGCCCAUGCACAUAUGUAGACUACUACUCAACACUAUAUUAUUCUCCUUUACCUCUUAGAUGGAAAAUUAAUGCUGUUUUUUUCCAAGAGAGAAAGCUCCGGCCAGAUCAUUGAUCAUCAGCCUUUGUGUGUUUAGGCAUGCGCCCUUUUUGCUUUUUUUUGGUUGAUUCAUUUUAAGUUGUCUUUGGCUAUUUGACGUAACAGCAUUACUGAAUUCAACAAAUAACUAGAUACACUAUUAGUUACUGCAAAUAGUAGUGUAGUUGUAGUCAUUUGUCACUAAGUAAUGCAAUAUUUACAGCACUGGUUACAAAACACAAUAGUAAAUGCCUACAUUCCUAGAUUAUAAAGUGUUAGCCAGGAAGUGGCUAAAUGUCAGCAUCAGGUUUUGUUUAAUGAUGGCAAAAAUAUGUUGUUUAACUUUAUAAUAUGUCUCCAUAGCUUUUUAAUACCAAAUGUCUUUCCUGCCAACAACAUUUGUACCAAAAUUGGAGCUUCCACCCUGAGCCAUUUGUCAGAGGACAAUGGUUGCCCCGUGAAUAUGGUGAAUGGGCUUCUUAAGAACUUUAGUUUCUACAGGAGCUGUCCUUCCAGCUUCGCUGUCUUUGACGCUGAUGAUUCCUUUUAGACACGUGGGCAACAGCUGCCUGUAAUAUUGAAUCGUAUAUUUUAACGAUGUGGGCAGGACAUUCAGAGAGCUAACUCCAUGUCAUCCAUCUUAAGAAACAUUAUCGAUCUCCACUUUGUCAUCUCAUACUAUGGAGGCUAUUUUUAGCUCAGUGGUCUGGUACAAAGGGGCUUUUAAUGAAUGGAGGGUGGAAGUUGAGUUCCUGCUGGAUCAAUAGCAGUGCAAGCAUUUACCAAGCAGGCAUGUACAAUUAACCCGACACGGUGUAUGAUUUUGAAAAUGUAGCCUUAGGGUAUAAAUAUAAUACACACUACAGCUAGAGUUCGUAAACAAACUACUCACCUUGAUUGUGCAUCGUUAUUAAAACCACAACCAUAGCAAUGAACAUAAAAUCUAUGUAAAAGCUUGAUUUACAUCACUAUUAGUGUUUCUUUUUGAGUUGUAGACCAAAAUCCAUGGAUUCCUGAAACGAUUACCCCAAUUAUUUUUUUUUUUUGGGAUGAAAGCUGGAAUUAACUUGACAGACACACAUUUAGUUACCACUGACCAUGAGAUUGUCAGCUAAAUCUUUGUAAACAUUUUUUAAUAUGUCAUUCACUUUAUCACAAAUAUAAUGUGAUAGCUCAAAUUGUUUUUUAACUACUGAAUGUGAUGCUGUUAAUUUUGUACUCACCAAGCAUGUUUGCAUCUACGUUUACUUCUUUUUGUAUAAGCCAAGCACUUAAGUUGAAUUUUCAAUUGAACUGUAAACUAUGAACUACAUUAACGUGAUAUUAUGUCAUGUUUCCUUUUUUAACUUCUUUUCUAGUUUUAACACUUGUCAUUCGCACUGAAACAAGUUGUAUUCAGAGUUGCACUCAAUGAAAUGUUUGUUUUAAGUCUUGUUUCAAUACAGAAACAGUCUCUGAUGGCGCUACAUCAUAACAUCUACUUAAACAGUUAAUAAAUGUAUCACAAGCAUGCAUUGCAUGCAUUUUUAUGCUGAACCACACACAGACACUGGUUGUACCUAAUAUGAAUCGUAUGAACUUUUCCAAGACUUUGACCACUUCCUGUGAUAAGUUGAGCUAGUAUUUGUUAUGUACAGUUUGUUUUAUGAACAGAUCACAUUAAAUGUAGUGAGUGCCUUUUAAAACUUAAUAAACAUGACAUGAGAAAUGUAAAUGGUGAUAAUUGCUAUAUGAGUAACUGCAUUGGCGUACAGUUAUUUGGCAUACUUUUCAUUCAUACAUACAUGAUAUUUUUAAUAUUUUUGGUGGUAUUGCAGAGGUUAUCAGAGGGAGUUAGCUUUUCAUAUUCUUCGCAAUAAGUAAUAUCAGAAAAUUAAAGCCAUAGGCCUGUCACAGCAAACAGUAUGACCUGCCAAAAUGAAUGAAGCCCAGGGUUGUAAUAACAUUGUACUUGAGAGGGUUGAAAGCCGUGACCGUGACUGUAACCCUUCUUACAUUAAGAUUCUGCUGUAACAAAUCUUUGCUGUCACUACGCCUCUCUCUCUCUCUCUCUCUCUCUCUCUCUCUCUCUCUCUCUCUCUCUCUCUCUCUGCUAGCAUAGAUGUUUACGGUUACAUGUUUUGCCUCUGUUAUACCUGUCUUACUACUUCUGAUGCUGGUUCAGAGGUUGAACAACUUCGCCCCACCAAUAUGCAUCCUAGAAUUUUACUUUGCGGUGUUACAGUCCCAUCUUGAAAAUACAGUCUUUAAUGUAUGGAAGAUUGCUUCCAUAUAGAAGUAAAUCUGUUGCAUCUAAUUUCAAAUUAAAAAUCCAUUAAAUUCCUUCCACC